CGAUGAUGGUAGAGCAAAAAAUAGUCCCACAUACUCAUUUGGUCUUGCGAAAUAUAAAAUUUCUCAAGAAUUAUCUCAAAUAAUUAAAUUUAAAUAUUUCUUCUCUACAAAUCAAUCACCUCAAAUAUUUACAAAUGAUGAUAUUGUAUUUAUUGCAGGUAAAUACAUUGUUGAAAACUUUGAACCAUGCUUUACAAUCACAUAUUCAAGCAUUGUUGAUAUGGUAAUCAAUCAAGAACCGAAAGAGAUUACAAACUUUAUUCAUUUUGGUGCUGAGACCAUUGAAUAUAAUUCUGUUACUAGCCCUUCGGGUUCAAAUAUUAAGCUACAGUCUACAUAUUUUAUAUCAGCUACUGAUAUCGAUUAUCUAAGAACUUCAUCUAUCAAUAUUAUCACAUCCAAAAGCUCUUCUUUGAUGGCAUUUGAUAAGCCAUCAAUUAUUGAUAUUAUUGAUGAUGACAUUGAUUCGACUGUCAUCCAACCAAAGCAACAUGUUGAAUUUUCUUCAAGUUCUCAAGAUAUUAACCAGCCAUUUGAUACAAAUAUUCAUAAUCAAAAAACUGCAGAAUUAGAUAAGGAUGCAAAUUCACAAGAUGAUAUUGAAGAUCUUGAUGAAGAAGCUUAA